CGUUUGUUGUGAAAAUAAAAUGGAAAAACUUGAAGCUCUCAAAAUUUCAUCAAUGCGUCCGCGCAGCAAUAUACUCGAUCGACCGCUGUCCAAGGGCAAAUCCGAGGUUUCACAAAGCAUUGUGGCUCUGCUCUUCAGCGAGAUCGUUCAAUACUCUCAGAGCCGUGUUUUCACAGUUCCCGAAUUGCAGACAAGAUUACACGAUUUGGGUCAGGAUGUGGGCACACGUAUCAUUGAUCUGUACUUUGUGCGCGAGCGCAGCUCCAAGCGUGAGACGAAGCUAACGCAAAUGCUGCUCUUUGUGAAGACAACGGUCUGGAAGAAUCUGUUUGGCAAGGAAGCGGAGAAGCUAGAGCACGCCAACGAUGAUGAGCGCACCUACUACAUCAUUGAAAAGGAGCCACUGGUCAACACAUUCAUAAGUGUGCCCAAGGACAAGAGCUCCCUGAACUGUGCCAACUUCACGGCUGGCAUCGUAGAGGCAGUAUUAACCCACUGCGGAUUCCCCUGCAAGGUGACAGCGCACUGGCACAAGGGCACCACGUAUAUGGUCAAGUUUGAGGACUUUGUCAUAGCGCGCGACAAGCAGAUGGAGGAGAAAUAGAAAUAUACCUAAAUUAACUAAUAUAACAAACGAAAAA